AUGAGUUCAGACAACGUUGUUACUUCAGUACUCCCAGAUUCAUAUUCACUAGCUCGAAGACACUUACAGUUGAGUCGAGCAAAGCUCAAAGCCACUAGUCGAGUGUCUGCGUUGCUGGCAGGUUUCGCUAUGGUUGCAAUCAUUGAAUUGCAGGUUGCUGUUGGCGAAAGUAAACCACCUGAAGGAUUAUUGUUUGCUUUCACGAUUCUUUCAUGUCUUCUGGUUGUCGUGCAUAUAAUGGCUGUAAUGAUAAGUACUUGUAUUUUGCCACAUAUUGACUCAUACAUGGUCCCUCAAGACUGUUAUUUGAUUGAGGAAGCACCACACAACAGAUUAAGAACAUUUGUUGAAGUUGCAUGGAUUUGCAGUACUGUGGUUGGCAUCAUUUUAUUUUUAGCUGUGGUAACUUUAGCAUUUUGGGUUAAAUUUUGGUCUGUGAGUAGCCUGUCUGCCAUAGCCGCAACAAUUGUUUUGAUGCCAGCCAUGCUCAUUUUCGUCAUUUUCGCUAUAUUAUUUUAUCGUGCGCUCACUACCUACAAAGUGGAACGAGCUACGGAAAUGAUACGUAAUAUUGAUAUGCGCAUGUCCUUUCUUAGAAGUGGAGUUCAGAAGAUAUAUGACGAAGAUAACAGGAAACAACAUGUUUGA